GAAAUCCGGAUAUGGUCCCAACUGCGCCAUGAUAACUUGCUUCCUCUCCUUGGCAUCAGCACCAAAUGGGGAGUCGAAGAACUCUGCAUGGUUUCUCCUUGGCAACGUAAUGGUACUGCAAUAUCGUAUCUGGAGCAGAAUUGGCAGGACAAUGAUGAAGGACAUGAUCUUGUGUUGAACUUGAUCCUAGGAAUCGCUUAUGGCCUAGAAUAUUUGCAUAAUCAAACUCCUCCAGUGGUUCAUGGUGAUAUUAAAGGCAACAAUGUCCUCGUAUCCGAUGAUGGAAAUGCCCUACUUGCGGAUUUCGGUCUUUCAACUGUAGUGGAAGAUAUUGAUCCCGGAAUAACCAGUAUGUUAUAUGCUGGAUCGCUGCCGUGGAUGUCUCCAGAGCGUAUGGACCCGUCCCGCUUUGCACUGGAUAUCCGUACCGCACGCACUCCUGCCAGCGACAUGUGGUCGUUCGGAAUGACUAUUUACGAGGUUUUAUUAGUCUAUCAAAUUUCUGCGUGCUUCUUCUCAUAUGCUCCAGCUCGUCUCAGGAAAUCGACCCUUUUAUAA